AUGGUGGCAUCAGACAUGAUGGUCCUCCUCAAGAGCUUUUUCUCUCUAAAGACAGAGUUUCAAAGUAUUCCCUUCUAUAUAUUUUCUGAGUCAUAUGGAGGCAAAAUGGCAGCAGCCAUUUCCCUCGAACUCACAAAGGCAGUUCAAGCUGGUUCAGUCAAAUGCAACUUUGCUGGGGUGGCUUUGGGAGACUCCUGGAUCUCUCCUAUAGACUCAGUCAUGACUUGGGGUCCUUAUCUUUACAGCACAUCUCUUUUGGAUGACAAUGGACUGGACGAGGUGACUAAAGCAGCAAAUGCGGUGCUGGAGGCAGUGAAACAGGGCCAGUACCGAAAAGCCACUGACAUGUGGUCCAUCACAGAGAAUGUAGUGGAACAGAACACAAAUAAUGUGAACUUCUAUAACAUCCUCACUCAAAACUCUGAUGAGAUGGUGAAGACCAGUUCAGAUCAAACCAAUGGAUUUCUCUCCUCACUGAAGCGUCGCCACAUCCGCCCUUUGCACCGUCAGUCCCUUUCAGAGUUGAUGAACGGGCCAAUCAGACAGAAGCUUGGUGUCAUACCAAAGAAUGUCACAUGGGGAGGACAAGCUGAGGCAGUGUUUGUCAGCAUGGCAGGAGAUUUCAUGAAGCCUGUGGUGGACAUUGUAGAUCAGCUUUUGGCUGCAGGGGCCAAUGUCACAGUCUACAAUGGCCAGCUGGAUCUUAUUGUGGACACAGUGGGUCAGGAGUUGUGGGUGAAACAGCUGAAAUGGGACGGACUCCAAUACUUCAACAAAAUGAAAUGGAUGGCGCUGGAAGACCCGCAAACCCAGAGCCAGACUGGAGCUUUCUAUAAGACCUACAAGAACUUUGCCUUCUACUGGAUCCUCAAAGCUGGACAUAUGAUCCCAUCUGACCAGGGGCCAAUGGCUUUGCGGAUGUUGAAGAUGGUGACUCAGCAGGAGUGAUGGAUAUUAUUCACAUACAAACUGGAUUGGCUUGCUAACCACUUUUAGACAAUCAACACUUAAAAAUGUUACCAAAAUCUGACGACUUUUUUUUUUUUUUUUUUAUCUUUUGGUUGAGAUCUUAAUGUAAUCAAUGUCUUUUUUUUCAAUGCCUGUCUUGUAAAAUUUGUACAUUUGAAUGCCUGCAAA